AUGGGGACCAAAAAACUGAAAAAAAUGAAGAAAAUCAUCUUUUAUGCUGAGCACCCGAAGGAGAGUUUCUCACCAGGACCCUCGAGGCAUGAAAUUAUGCAGACCCCAGUCCUUAUGGCCCUGUUAAAGAGUCCUGGGCCCGGGAGGUACCUACGCCCAUCCUGCACUGGCUACCUAGGCCAUGAUAUCUCCAAGCACAGAGCACCAGCCUACUCUUUCCACAAGGGCCACUCGGAGAAGCGGAUUACUGACACAUGCAGUCCUGGGCCUUGCCAUUACUAUGACCCCAGGGUCACCCGCUUUGGAGUGUCGAGCUGCUCCCAGGUUCCAAUGGAAGAAAGGAUAGCAAGCUUACGUUUGUGGUCUACACCAGAACCCCCUACAUACUUCUGGGAGAAGGUUCAUCCCCCUGGGGAGCGCCGGUCACCUCGGUACUCUAUAGGCUACCGCUGUCCAUAUCGUGUAUCUGAUCCUAACCCAGCCCCUAACUAUUACCCGCAGCCCCGACGGCUGGGGUACGGCACCCCUGUUAACCAUUCUGCCCCAUGCUACAGCUUUGCUUCCACUUCUGACCCUUGGUAUUUCAACAAGGAUAUCUACAAAAGCCCUGGCCCGGCCAUGCAUACCAGGCCUGAGCCAUCAGUUUACCAGAACCGGAGCCCUGUCUACUCCAUGGGCAAGCUCUUUGGGUACCCGCGUGACCAGACAAACUACCCAGGUCCUGGUUCCCAUGAGGUGCAAACAGUCACCAUUCACAAGCCGCAGGCACCUUCCUUCUCUAUGGGCAUCAAACACUCACCUCACCUCACUCCACUGAUUGUGGAUGUGAAGGACUGACCCUGCCCUUCCCCUUUCCCACCUCACCUUGAGUCUUUUCCUCCUUCCUCCUCAUGAUUACAGGGCAGGAGUAGAAGGGGCCUUCUUAGAUUGUUUUCCCAGAAUAAUUUUAUAGCCCAUCUUCAAGCCAUGCUGUGCCUGGUGCCAGUUUAUUUCUGGGCAUCUCUCAGGUUAUAGCCCCUGCCCAAUUACCCCUCUCAAUUAGGUAAGAGGGAUCUCCUUUCCCCCUCAAAAUGUAUGUAUUUUUUCCUUAAAUAAAAUUGAU